AAAUCAAGGCCACCUUCGUCAAGCCCUUCCAGUAUUGUUCGCCGGACUUCCUCACUGGAUACACUUGCUGCUCCAUACCUUGCUGGACAGUGGCCUCGUGAUAACCACGGACAAGCUGCUCCAUGUAUGAGAGACAAAGCUACACAGACAGAAAGUGCCUGGGCUGAAGAAUAUUUAGAAAAGAAGAGAAGCUCACACAAACGUUCAUCAUCCUGGGGCAGCAAUGAACAACUCAAGGAGAUUGCAAAAUUACGUCAACAGCUGCAGAGAAGCAAACACAGCAGUAGGCAUCACCGCGAUAAAGAAAGGCAGUCUCCAUUUCAUGGUAACCAUGCUGCCAUUAACCACAGUCAGGCUUCCAUCCCAAAGAGUGCUCUUGUUCCUGUGAUACCUAUUGCCAAAUCAACAGGAUCUCGGUUCCGAAACAGUGUGGAAGGACUCAAUCAGGAGAUCGAGAUAAUAAUUAAGGAGACAGGAGACAAAGAGGAGCAGCUCGUUCCUCAAGAUAUUCCAGAUGGGCACCGAGCGCCACCUCCUUUGGUUCAGCGCAGCAGUAGCACUCGCAGCAUUGAUACCCAAACCCCUGGAGGAGCAGACAAGGGCAGUAACAACAGCAGCCGUUCCCAGUCAGUAUCUCCAACCUCAUUUCUUACCAUCUGUAACGAAGGCAAUGAAGAAAGUCCAUGUUCUACAGAUGAUCUUCUUGGUGAUUCCAGAGAUAAAGAGAAUGGGAAUAAUUCUCCCUUGCCAAAAUAUGCUACCUCACCAAAACCCAACAACAGCUACAUGUUCAAGCGUGAACCUCCUGAGGGCUGCGAGAAAGUGAAAGUCUUUGAGGAAAACUU